AUGGAUCGAGAAUCGUCACCGCGAAAGCCUGCCCUGAAGCGUAACUCGACCGCCUGCGAACACUGCCGUGCAGCCAAGGCCAAGUGUCAACCUAGUGAGCAGCCGGGCGUGUCUUGCAUCGAGGAGGGAGUGCGUGUCUCGGACAAAGGCCCGGCCUCCUCAGACGCGGAGCCGUCGCCAGAGUCCUUGGGCCAGUCCAGCACGUUCAGUAUCAACUAUUUCACGCCACCCAGGCCAAAUGUUGACGACAACUUCGCGACUCUUCGUGAGGUGCACAACUGUGCCUUUGACAACUUGCUCGAAAUCGACUCAAGCAGCGACAUUCUGCAGACGCCGAGUGCGUCAAUCUGCUCCACCUCGUCAUCCCAGCCUCGCUCUCUCUUCGACACUUGGCGGAAGCCCCAAUUCAACCUGGCUUCAGCCGAGGCCCUCCUAACCUCCUUCGACUGCAUGGUGGACUACAUUCCCUUUAUGACCUUGCCUGCUGGCUCGACCGUAACUCAUGUGGCUUCAACGAGGCCCUUUGUUCUAUUGGCUAUCUUGACUGUGGCCUCAAGAUCGAGAACAGUGCAGAAGCACUCGUUGUACGAUGAAGAGUUCCUGAGAGUUCUGGGCCUCAAGUAUGUGUCUGGUGGAGAAAGGAGUGUUCAACUAUUACAAGGCUUGUUGAUAUACUGCGCAUGGUAUCCCUUUCAUCUAAAGCCUAAAAGCGCACAGUUGGCUCACUGCAUCCGCAUGGCUGCGGACAUUAUCCAUGAACUCGGCCUGGAUGAAAACUUUCUUGCCUCUAACUUGUGGGGGCAAGGGGUGACGGAGGAGGAACUCGACAAGAUUCGUGCUUAUCUCGCCUACGUAUAUCUUGUCUCUACAUACGUCGUUGUAUGGAAGGGGGAAAGAUGCGUGCCGACUCGGCUCCCUGCUUGGGCCAACAUCGCCAUUGACACCUUGGAGCAGAAUGCCCAAACAGAAAAUGAUCGCAUGCUGGUCGCCUUGGUCCGCUUGUCCAUACUAUGCUCGGAUGCCUCCGAUGCCAUGAACGAGAGAAUAAAGGAUACUGUGCGAAACAGCCAGUUGAUCCUCGUGGGGCUUGAGCAGCGGUAUCAGCAGAUACGAAGCAAUAUCCUGGCUACAUGCCCCGGAGCCUUUGACAGGGAAACCAUUCGAAUGCAGGCACUGUUCCUCGACAUCUUCUUCGACGCCGGCAGCCUACUCGGGUUUCCAGUGGCUGGGACGCCAUCGCCAAGUUUGAAAAGUGAACGCAUCCCGCCGCCAAUACCCAAGAUAUACAGCGCCACGAAAAAGAUCCGGGUCUUCUUAGACUACGUAGGCGAUCUAGACGAUAAUGCCUUGCUCUCGUUUACCGUCAACGACUGGACUCGACUUAUCGUUGUCCUCACGCUGGCGUUCCGGCUCUCUUUUCCGCUCUCUCUCUGUCCAGAAUUCGACUGGACUUGGGCAAGCUCUCAGAUACAGCUUGAACAGUUCCUUUCCAAAGUCUCGCGUGACGCUGAUACAGUCGUUGCUUCCAACGGCAUCCUCUCAGCCAACCGCGUUGUUUUCGGCCUCUUGAAAACCAAGUUCAACCGUCGACUCGAUUCCGUCGGAGACGAACCCACCAUUCCAAGCAGCAGGACAUUUGGAUGCCCCAUGAUGAGUGGCGGCUCGAGUCUGGCUGACGCACAAUGGAGUUCAGAAUUCGCGCCGUCGGAGCCGUCGACGGAUUCUGACAUGUCUGACAUGGUCUUUCACGAUAUGUGGACGGCAGUGGCUACGGGAUGGCAAGACGUUGGGGACGUACCCUGGGAAACAUUUGACGAGCAGUUGAACAGCGUGGGCACUUGUCCUGCGAGUGGCUGGUCCAUAUAA